AUAUUUUUACGGUGUUAUAUGCAUCUUAUAAUUUUCCAGUGUAUAGUUACUUCAAAUGAAAUAUUGAAAAAUACAAUUGCUCAAGCCCGUUCUGUGGAUUACGCGUUAAUUUAAAAAUUACAAUACCAAUAAAUUUAUCCACAACAUGGAAGUCAAAGCAGACAAACUUUAUAUGCAAUUAAAUGCAGCGGAGCUUGAAGCCAUUAUCAAAAAAGAUUCACCUAGCUCCAAUGAUCGUGAUGCUGGCUUCUGUUCUGCUAGUUCAGAAAGCGAAGGCGGUGACGAUUUGCCGCUAGAGCAUGCGCCGCAAGCUGAUAGAGCCAACGAAAGUCCUGCUGUGAUGGUGCGCAAUAAACGGAAGAGUAUGGAGCCGUCGAAAGUUGUGGAGCCGACAUCGACAAUGAGAAAUUGUUGUUCAUCGCUAGCCCUUGGCUCAAGCGUAGCACCGGCGGGUCCACUGAAGAAACGAAUACGCUAUUCUUCUUCAGCUGAUUCAGCCGUUAUGUUGACGCCCCCAGCUCUUCAGUCACCAUCACCCAUCAGCCACACACACGUGCCCACGGCACAUGCAUGGGACUCUGUUUCCGCCCAGGUGCUGCCACGUGAAAUAUUACCUAAUCCUGCGCACAUUUUCAUGCGUCAUCCAGGUGUGACAACACUGCAUCGUGCAUUCGCAGCCUUCCAAUCUCAGCCAGAACAAGAAGAACCGUUAGCGCUAAUAGCCAGGAAACCCAAGUCGGACGAAGCAAGUGAAAAGCUGGCGAAUCAGACUUUUCAGGGCGCCAAGAGCACUUUACCCAACAAAGAAAAACCCCUUGUAUCCACGGAAUUCCUAGAGGAGCACACCAUCGAGGAGGAGGACUCAUUUAAAGAUCAUCACAAUAGUUCCCUCUCAAGGCCGCAGCAGCGGAACUACAAAAAUAUGACUCGAGAGCGUAGAAUUGAGGCAAACGCCCGCGAACGCACCCGAGUUCAUACGAUAUCCGCUGCUUAUGAAACAUUACGCCGUGCCGUACCAGCAUAUGCGAGCUCCCAAAAAUUAUCGAAGCUAUCUGUAUUGCGUGUGGCCUGUUCCUACAUACUGACGUUAAGUCGUCUGGCUGACAAAGACUAUAGCUCGGACCAAUCAGAACCGACUAUUGCUGAUUGUAUCGAGGCAAUAAAUUCCACUAUUCAAACGGAGGGAAAAGUAAAGCGGAAGAAGGAAGAAUAAAGUAGCAGAAUUAUAAGUUUUGGAAAGA